GGUUGAAGAGACCGUUCGAACCAGCAAGCAGAAAAGCUAUUGGUUGGCUCUGGAAGCUCGAGGAAUCCUCAUUCAUCCGCUUGGCGUUGCUUCGUGGUUUAUUGUUUCUCUCCGUUUCGAAAUAGAACAGGGAAAAGUCACCCGCGACAUGGCAGGAGGAAAGGCUGGAAAGGACAGUGGUAAAGCUAAGGCAAAGGCUGUUUCUCGCUCCCAGAGGGCUGGACUCCAGUUCCCGGUGGGUCGUAUCCACAGACACCUGAAAACCAGGACCACCAGCCAUGGCAGAGUAGGAGCCACCGCAGCCGUCUACAGCGCCGCCAUCUUGGAGUACCUCACCGCUGAAGUGUUGGAGUUGGCAGGGAACGCCUCCAAGGAUCUGAAGGUGAAGCGUAUCACUCCACGUCACUUACAGCUGGCCAUCCGCGGAGAUGAGGAAUUGGACUCGCUCAUCAAGGCUACCAUCGCUGGAGGAGGUGUGAUCCCUCACAUCCACAAGUCUCUGAUUGGAAAGAAGGGCCAACAGAAGACUGCAUAGAGGAAGUGACCUCCCACAUCACCAGGAAGGAAUGGGCAGCCAUGUUCAUUUUGUUUCUCAUAUUUUUUGGGGGGGGAUUUUGUAACCAUAGUUGUAGUCUCUCGAGGGAGAUGUGUAGUCUUUGAGGUAUGUGUUGAUUUGUACUGUUUUAAAGGGGUGUGUUUUUAGGGUAGGGUUUUUUGCAGACAAGAAACUUGUGCAAUAACCAUGUUUCCAUCCACAGUUUUUAUGCGAGUAAAGUCAUAGUGUAUAAAAAACCAAGACAGCAGUGAUGGAAACAGGAAUUUUCGGUACAAUUUUAUAAAUGCCAACAGACAAUUUGUUUGUUCGACGUGGUGGGAUCUUUUUGUGUUGGUAAAAUGUAUGAUGUGAGAAAUGCCAGUGAACUCCUUUAUGCACAAAUAUUGAUAAGAAGAAACCAUGCAUUUUAUUAGGCUACAGAUGAAAUUUUAUGAUGAACUUCACAGGGUGGUGGAAGUGUAUGGUGAUGAGCUUGAUGCUUCUGUCCAAUAACCACAAGGUAGGCAUAUUUGCAAGUUAAUGCUACAAUUUUUGUGACAACUAGCGGUAGAGUUGAAAAUGCAAUGGAAACGCAUACAUGGAACUUUAGAUUUUUUUAUUCGGUACAUGAAAACGUAAGCAAAAAAGUACAUUUUGUGUGCACUGUCAUCACACAGAUUUCUAUCUGUAAAAGGUCAGUUUGGUGGAAAUGCCACUGAUGGAAAAAUGUGCAUAUUUUCAUUAUCUACAUUGAGUAUUCGCAUGAAAAUCUGUUGCCAAUUGGAUGGAAACCUAGCUACUGACCAACAAAUGCUGAAGUUCUUGUCAUGUUUUGAAAAACUUUGAGUUGAUUGGAUUUUGCUACAAACUUGUUUUAUACCUACAAAAGAUAAAGUCUUUUAAAAAACUA